GGGCUAAGUUAGUUAGCCCACAUCUGUGGCCGUUACAACACACACAUCACUUUGUGAACGUCAUGAACGCUUAUAAGCGACAUUGGCAAAUUGUUUUGCCAUGGACGUUCCUGCUGCUGACCUCCCCUGUGCUGGGUGCAAAUUCCACACCACAAGGAUUCUCAUCGACAUCAGUGCUGAGGCAAAACAAUUUCUUUGAGUGGUUGCUGUCGAUUUUCCAAACCAUUCCACCGUUUAGUGUUAUACCCACAACUGGUCGGCCCCCAACUACAGCACCGGUGACGACCGAACCAAGUGCUUGUGAGGCCUGUAAAUGCGGUGCAGCCAAUUCCAUACGGCGCAUUGUGGGUGGCUAUGAGACUCAGGUAAACCAGUAUCCCUGGAUGGCCAUGUUGUUGUUUCGAGGUCACUUCUAUUGCGGUGCAUCGCUCAUCAGCGACCGUUAUGUUGUGACAGCUGCUCAUUGUUUGAGGAGUUUUCCACGGCCAUUUGUGAGUGUGCGUUUAAUGGCUCAUAAUCUAAAGGAUCGCACGGUGCGGGUGAUUGAUAGAAGGGCCGACAAGGUGGUGGUGCAUCCAAAGUAUUCCAUGUCGAAUAAUGACAAUGACAUUGGUUUGGUGAAAUUGGAUCAAGUGGUGGAAAUGUCCAGUGUAAUGAGGCCAGUGUGCCUGGCCAUAUCUGAGAGGAGCUAUGACGAUGAGUUGGCUGUCAUAACCGGAUGGGGUGUUACCAGCGAGGGUGGCCAAGUGUCACAGACAUUGAGGGAGGUCAAAGUUCCCAUUCUCUCCCAAAUGGCGUGUCAUGCAACGAAAUAUGGUAAGGAUCGCAUUACUGAAAAUAUGCUUUGUGCUGGAGCCGCUGAGGGUGGUCUUGAUGCCUGCCAAGGUGAUAGUGGCGGCCCCUUGAUGGUGUCAAAUGGGGACCUGAAUACUUUCCACCUGGCCGGUGUGGUCUCAUGGGGCGAAGGUUGUGCCCGUGAGGAUUAUCCUGGCGUUUAUACACGUGUUAGCCAAUAUCUGGAGUGGAUUGAUGAGAACACAAAAGAUUCAUGCGGAUGUGAGGUGCCAUCUCAAAGAAUUGAUCAGGUGGAGAUAUUGGAAAAUGAAUUUACAUUCAUUAAAAGUGCAGUAUAA